UUUAAAAAAAAAAAAGAGAGAGAAAGAAAGAAAGAAAAAGAAAAAAGAAAUAACAAACCAAGCCCAGGGAGCGGCUAUAGCCCAAAAACACCAAGAUGCUUCAGCAGCUGAAGCUUCCGUCCCGCCUCUCAAAGUCUCUGCCUCUUUGUUCAUUGUCAUCUACCCUUGAAGAUAUUGCCUCUUCUCACCCAACUAAAGGCAUUGCAAAGGUUGUACUGAAAAAAGGGAAGACACAACUUUUUAAGGAUGGAAGCCCAAUGGUGUACAGUGGAGCAAUCGAUAGAAUAAUAGGUAGGCCUCCACCUAAGACUGGAGAUGUUGUGCUUGUUGCUGAUGGCACAGAGAAACCUAUUGCUUGGGGCUUGUAUAAUUCUGUCUCCAUGUUCAGUGUUAGGCUUAUGCAAUUAGAAGAGGAAGCGAUGGAAGAUCCUUCUUGCGCAUUGAACAUGGAGAAAUUACUUGAAACAAGAAUUAACGCAGCCAUUCAGUUACGCAGGAGGUUGAGUCUUCCUUCAGCCCAGACAAAUGCAUAUCGCCUUCUCAAUAGUGAAGGAGAUAGACUGUCUGGAUUAAUUGUUGACGUCUUUGGAGAUUUAGCUGUAAUAGCAUCAUCCGCUGCAUGGGUUGAGAAGUAUAAACCAGAAGUAGAGGCUUGCAUUGGUAGAAUUGAUGAAAUUAAUCAUGUAAUCUGGAGACCAUCAGCUGAAAUUUUAAAAGAAGAAGGAAUGGAUGUGUUGGAUCUGAAAGAAAUGCAUUCAUCCAUUUGUCAAGAAAGGACAAAGGUUGUAGAAAAUGGGAUCUAUUAUGCAAUUUCAGUUGCAGGGCAAAAGACUGGAUUUUAUGCUGAUCAACGCGAAAGCCGACAAUUUAUAUCAAACAUUUCAGCUGGUCAGAAAGUUCUUGAUAUUUGUUGCUACAGUGGUGGUUUUGCUCUAAAUGCAAUCCGUGGAGGUGCCUUAGAUGUUAUAGGGAUCGAUACAUCGUUGCCUGCUCUAGAGCUUGCUAGAGAAAAUAUUAUUCUUAACCAUCUGGACCCAAAAAGAAUAUCAUUUUUGAGAGAAGAUGCAACUGAAUUUAUGAAAGGUGCCCUUUCCAGAAAUGAAUCAUGGGAUGUAGUUAUUCUGGAUCCUCCUAAACUGGCACCAAGAAAAAAGGUUCUACAAAGUGCAUUGGGCAUGUACAGAAAUCUUAACUCACUGGCAAUGAGAUUGACGAAGAAAGGUGGUCUUCUCAUGACGUGUUCAUGUUCAGGAGCCAUGACCCAAAGUGGAAUGUUCCUGCGUAUUCUCCAGGGUGCUGCAUCAAUGGCGGGAAGGAAAAUCACAGUCGUACGGCAGGCCGGUGCAGCUUCUGACCAUCCUAUUGACCCAUCCUAUCUAGAAGGUGCAUACCUUACUAAUAUCUUGCUUAGAGUGUUAUAAAUGUGUCAUGUAAAAUGUAUAUUCUCUAACAAGAAACCAAUUUUGUACUAACAUUAGUUGAAUCUCACACAUUGACAUUCUACUAGUGAAAAUUUAUCAAUGUCUUACAUAGGAGUUUGAUAAA